AUGAUUCUAUACAUGAUCUGGGGGAUUUUGGUGUUGAUCACAUCAGCAUCAAGUCUACAAGCCAGUAGUGAUGGCAUCUGCUACACCUACACCGUCGAAGCAUCUGACACUUGCGAGAGUAUCGCUUCAGCAUUUGGAAUUACUAAAGCUGAGAUAGAAACGUACAACGGCGACACCUGGGGCUGGAAAGGAUGUGACAGCAUCUACCAAGGAGAUUUCAUUUGUUUGAGCUCAGGUGAUCCCCCAAUGCCGGUUGCCUUUGCCCAAGCCAUUUGUGGUCCCCAGGUUCCUGGUACAGCCAGGCCGGACAAAUACUCGGCACUUUCCUCAUUGAACCCAUGUCCUACAAAUGAAUGCUGCAUCACGGGAGGCCAGUGUGUUGCUACGAGCUCGGACUCUUGUAGUUCGAGUAAGUGUAUCUCUAACUGCGAAACCGCUUCAACUAAGACUACAUCCAUCAAAUCAACAAGUACCUCAACAAAGACCAGCUCAAUGCGAUCUACAAGUACAACUGAGCAUACAUCCUCAACAAAGACGACUACCACUGCAGGCCCAACUGGAACCGGGCUAUGGACUCUCGCCGCGUACACGGGAUAUAGUUGCGAUGGGGACUAUUACUUUAUUAUGGGUAACAGCCUAGUGGACAACGAGUGCCUCAGUCUUCAUGGCGGUCUCAGUGUCGGCCUGGAUAUGACAAACGGUGUUACCUGUGGCUAUUAUACUAAUGACGGCGCCAUUUACACUGACUGCGACUCUAGUCCUAGUCUGGGAAUCUGGUCGUGGGAUAUGACUGGAGGCUCCUGCACUGCCUAUGAAGAUGGUUGUGGGACUUCUGACGGAAAUAGUGUGGAAAUUUCCUCGGCUACUGGUUGUCAAGUAGAGGAGAUGUUCAAUAACCCGCAUUAUGAAAUUAAUUGGGGUUCGGUGAAGUGCUCGGUUGCGUAG